AUGGAGGUGCAGAUGCGCAUUCCACCGGAGAGGUGGUGCAUCACACUCGCAGAAUUCUACACCUUUGUACACGAGGUGAGGCAAGCCUGGACCAGCGGCAAAGUGCCCGAAGACGAUCCGGACAGCAACCCCCGCCAAAGAGAUCCCCGACAUGGACCAAACUUGUACCAGGUGAACGAACACUACGUGAAGCCCUUGACCCGCGCGGCCGGCAGCAUGAGCUAUGCUCUGAUGAAGCAUCCCGCGGGACUCCUUUGCCAGGUGUUCAUCUCCCAUGCUUGGGCAGAAGGCAUUUUCGAGCUGUCAGACUUUGUGCGCCGCGGCUGGCCGCGUCUACAGGGUCUGCGAAACUUGUAUUGCUGCCUGCUGGCAAACCCACAAAACCUGGAUAUCUCAGCUUUGCUCAGCGGUCCCCCGGAGGAGAGCCCCUUCGCCAGGGCCAUGCAGGCGGCCUCCCACGUUCUGGUCAUACCAAACGACACGGUCAGUAUCUACACACGCCUGUGGUGUGUCUAUGAAGCCUACCUGGGCACUUGCUGGCACAAGACCUGCAUCAUGCCGGCGAGGCCGAGGAGGUCGGCACAAUGCAAGGCGGCGAUUCGCACAAUCCUCGUGCCCAGCAUCAUCGGACUAAUGCUAGGUUUCCUUUGGCUUUUGCUACUUUAUCACCAUUGUUGCAGAACCUGCUCGCGUUGCUUCGUGGAUCCUGUCCUCAGUACUUGCGUGGGGCUGACACUGCUUUGCUUCGUCGGGGCGCUGGUCAUGGAAUUUGUUCCCAGACCACUUCGAAUGUGGAUCAAAUGCGUGGUGAUCCGCAUGGUGCACAUCCUGGUUAUUUGCGUUUGUACGGCAGUGGCUAUCCCCUAUUCGGUUCUGCUCGAAUGGAAGAACAGCGUUUGGAAUCACGUGUUCGAGCGGUUAAUUCCAAUCGCACUCUGCCUCUUCAACGUUUGGCGUGCAGCGCAGCUUAGCCUACACCACUUGGAGGAUGUGGAGCUGCGCAGGCAAGCCAGCCUGCUGGCCAUUCAGACGCUGGAGGAUGCUACGUGCUCCGAUCCACACGACGAAGCCCAGAUCCGACAGGCGAUCCAAGGCUUCGAGGCCGAAGUGGAUGUGACGAUUCGUGUAUUGAUGCAAAGUGGUGCCUACAAUGAUGCGCUGCGUGAAGCUUACGAGCAAGGCGAGGACAUCAGCGGCGAAGGGAACAGUGAUCUCAUUGUAAAGACGGGCCUCGUGUCCCUGAUCUGGCUGCUUUCCACACUGGACUCCACUGGUUUCCUCGACUCCUAUUUGGUCUGCCUCGGGCCGCGUUACGAGCAGGGGACGAGUGGACUGCUCCUGCUGA